CUUUUCUUACCAAACGAACGCGUAAAGCGGACUCGAAAAAAAUUACUGAAUGUCGUCGGUCGGUGAUUGCGCAUUCUCUCUGUGUGUGUUUUUCCCCCCCAUCCAACGAGUGUAAAGAAAUUUUUGGAACAAUUUAUAGCCGACACGCGUUGUAAGUGUAAUUGGAGAAUCCGUGGAAAUACGCUCGGCGUAUUCUGUGCAAUAUAUUUAAUUAAAAGAAGUUUAAAACCAGUUUAUCAAAGAUCGUAACAAGAUCGUGAAUCGGAGAAAUAUUCAUAGUGAGUGUAGUGCUACCCGCCGCCCCGCUACAAAUCAAUAAACAGAAACUGGAAGAUCUUUCCAGCCGCUGCUCCCAUCAUCAAAAGACAGCGACGUCGACGUUGACGCCGACGCCCACAACACCACUGAGAGAAGAAUGAUGCCAAAGCAGAGGACCAGCACGCUGGUGACGACAGUGUCGCUGCAUUGCAACGGUAAAUGUCUGAUGCUCUCUGCACUGCUGAUGGGCCUCCUGGUGGCCGCCACCCAAGCCGUAGAUCAGAAAUCUGUGAAAGCAACGCCGGCAGAGCCAUCCGCUCUAUCAGGAGGAGCAGCAUCCCAGGCGGCUUCGGCUCCCAGAGAUGCCAUUUAUAUCGACGAUGAUAGCAUUGAGGGCUCUGGUGGACGUGGAGGGAUACACGACGAUCUAGAGAAGGAUCCGGACUAUUCUGGCUCUGGCUUUGGACCGGAUGACGAGGACGCCGAGCCGGAUCAUCACUCGCAGCACGGUUCGCACAACACGCGCAUCUCGCAGACCGGCGGCUCCAGCAUAAACACAGCUCAUACACCAACACAAACCUCAUCCACAACCUCAACAACAACAAGCAGUUCACCAACAACGACAAGCAGCAGCAGCAGCACCACCACCACCAGCACCAGUACGACAACUGCGGCCACAACCACAUCAACCACAGCUGCCUCGAAUCGCACCCAAACCACGCCUAAGCCCCUUGUUGUCGAUUCCACCACAGCGAGCCGUCCCUUACCCCACUUCCCAGCCUUCGAUGAGGAGCUCGAUGUGGAUGAGGAUGCCAGUGGCGAUGGCAUCGAUGUGGAAGGUGGCGGCGAGGAUGAUGACGAGGGUGACGAUGACGACAUCAUCAUUGAUCAUCCCGAUUCCGGGAAGCCAAAGUUUGCAGUGCCCGUUCCCGAUGGUAGCGAUAACAUCGAUCAUGAUUCUGAUCAUGAUAUCGAUAGCGAUACCGAUGAUGGCGAUGGUGAUAAUGAUGACACCGACGAUGAUGAUAGCAUCAUCGAUGUGGAUGGCGGCAAUGAGGAUGGCACUACCAACGGGAAUGGAAAUGGAAAUGGAAUCCGUGGCAACGAUGGAGACCUCAACACAGAGCGCGGACCGGGAGGUGGCAGCAGCGUGCACGAGUUGGACCCGAAUACGAACGUAAACAGCCAGCCCUCCGACACAAAGCCCGUCGACCACAGGCCCAACGGCAACGAGGUGGUCAUCAUGAGCGAGGACGAUCGUACGUCGAGCUUCUUCUCGCAGCCAGGAAUACUGGCAGCUGUCAUUGGCGGUGCCGUGGUUGGCCUGCUUUGCGCCAUUCUUGUGGUGAUGUUCAUCGUGUACCGCAUGCGGAAAAAGGACGAGGGCUCCUACGCCCUGGAUGAGCCGAAGCGCUCCCCGGCCAACAAUUCCUAUGCGAAAAAUGCGAAUAAUCGCGAGUUCUACGCCUGAGAUAAUGGCACAUCGCGCAGGUAUUAAGUGAGCCAUGAGUGAGGAUCCACCCGUAUGGAGAUCCAUCUCGAACGGGAUACGGAUCUUAGCGGAGGAGGAGAUGACGGCUCAUCUCGAUACACUGUGCGGAGUGCGAAGCGCGGAAGGAGCAGCGCCAUCAGCAGCCAUCUGCCACAAUGAGUAAUCAUCAGCAACAGCAACAGCAAACAGCAAAAGCAAAAGCAACAAAACUAACACAAAUUCAAUGAAAAUCGAAGGCAUCUUCGGAUCACAUACAAUUUUUCGUUGGGGGGGUAAACUAAACGCAUUAAACCAUGAACAACCAAGUAAAAGCGUGCAGAGAUUCGAGAGGAACACAUAAACAAAAACAAUUCAAAACUUACCUGUAAGCUAAUGCCGGACGGUUGACGGAGGAGGGCGACUUUUCUAAUUAAGUAAAUUUUAAGCGACGAAAACAAAAGGAAAACCAAUAUCAAAUAUGAAUGGAAGCGCACGCAAAUCGUGCGAAAUCUAAUAUAUAAUUAAUAUAUAUUAUAUUCAUAGUGAAACCAAUAUAAGGGCGGGCAAAAUUAAGCGAAUUAAUUAUGAAUUACGAGUAUGUAGAGCAAAGGCAGGAGGAGAGCGAGAAAUAAUACCUAUAAUAAUACCACAAAACACGACGCAGCGCCUACAUGGACGAUGUGGAUGGAGGCAGCGACAGACGCAUAUUGAAUACACAAUUAUGAAUAUACGAGUAUAUGUUAGCUGAAUAAUGGAAGCGAAUUGGAUAUAUCAUGAUUAUACACCCGCUCUCGAAAGACCCCUUUAAAUCCAAUGGUCAGUCACUUCCGCCAUCCAUUUCACACCACGGAAAAAAGAGAAUAAAAGUUAAUCCGUUGGGAAUACCAAUAAUUAUUGUGAAUUGCGAAUUGUGCGACACAUAACAAGCGGAAAUUGAUUCAUAAAUUAAUGUUUUUAGGUUAAACAUAAGCAAAACUAUGUAAUUAUUAGUGUAAUUCCUAAAACAAAAACAAGAAGAACCACACAAAUGGAAAAAUACAAAAAAAAAACUUUAAGAGAAAAACGAAAAAUACUAAAUGAAGCAAAAAAACAGAAUACGAACACUCUCUGAACCUUCCUGGCAACUAAACAAACUAAAAAGGAAUUAGUAAUGAAAUGAAGAGAACUAUUUCUACUUUUUUCUAAAUAAAAAAAACACACACAAAAACUUGAAUAUUUAUUGAAAUUGAGAUUGAAAAU